AAUUACUAUAGCUUCUUCUUUCCCCAUCCGGUUUAAAACUUUAAAUUAAAGAACUUUAAUAUCGAGCGAAACGGCAGCGUACCAUGUAAUAAAUAUCAAACACCUCCAAAGGCUCCAAGUCAAAGAACCCUAAAAAGUAAAAAAAGGGGGAGAAAGUUGACAGAUUUUUAUCGAUACAUCAUCAUCUCUCGUGUUCCCAGAUUCUCUCGACUCAAAUCCUGAAACUAACAGCUUAAUCUUUCCCACGAGCCACACUUCUGAAAGAUCAGAAAUCCCAAUCGGCUAAUUCCUAGAUUGAAGUUUUAAGACUGAGAAGCCUGAAAAUCAUUGUAACUUGAAUUAGAACAAGAAUGGCUGCCUGUUCGUUCUCUACAUCCCAUUUGCCUCUUCAACAACUCAAGUUCACAACCAACACCUCAAGCCUCUUUAAUUUCAGUAGUAAUUCAUCCUGGAGCCUGCAUCAUGCUCCAUCUCAACAUUACCAAUCCUUGAGAUGUUCAGCUUCUUCUGAACCCCAACCCGUGUUCACAUCAGUCAAGACCUUUGCUCCCGCCACGGUUGCAAACCUUGGCCCUGGUUUUGACUUCCUUGGUUGUGCUGUUGAUGGUAUUGGAGACUUUGUUACUCUCCAUGUUGACCCAAACGUGCACCCUGGCCAGAUCUCCAUCUCCAACAUCUCGGGUGCGGGCAAAAAGCUCUCAAAAGACCCCCUUUGGAACUGUGCCGGCAUCGCCGCCAUUGCUGUUAUGAAGAUGCUUGGCAUUCGAUCCGUCGGCCUCUCACUUUCUCUUGAGAAAGGCUUACCCCUUGGGAGCGGGCUUGGGUCUAGUGCUGCAAGUGCUGCAGCUGCUGCCGUGGCUGUGAAUGAAUUAUUUGGCAACCAGUUGCCUUUGGCAGAUCUGGUUACUGCAGGGCUAGAAUCAGAAGCGAAGGUCUCUGGUUACCAUGCAGAUAAUAUUGCCCCGGCGAUCAUGGGGGGCUUUGUGUUGAUUCGAAGUUAUGAUCCUUUAGACCUUAUACCACUCAAGCUUCCGCUAGAUGCAAAUCUGGUCUUUGUGUUGGUUAAUCCAGAAUUUGAAGCUCCCACGAAGAAGAUGAGAAAGGCAUUAUCGCCUGAGGUGCCCAUGUCUCAUCAUGUUUGGAAUUGCAGUCAAGCAGGGGCCUUGGUGGCAUCAGUUCUACAAGGAGACAUCAAGGGUUUAGGUAAGGCAUUGUCAUCAGAUAAGAUAGUUGAGCCAAAAAGAGCGCCUUUGAUUCCAGGGAUGGAAGCAGUCAAGGCAGCCGCGAUUGAAGCUGGGGCAUUUGGCUGCACCAUAAGUGGAGCAGGCCCUACUGCUGUCGCGGUGACAGACAAUGAAGAGCGAGCUCGAGAGAUUGGGGAAAGAAUGGUGGAAGCUUUCAUGAAUGCUGGCAAGUUGAAGUCUCUGGCUAUGGUUAAACGACUUGACCGGGUAGGUGCUCGGCUUAUUGACAGCACUUCCAAAUGAUGAAAGAUGAAAUCAUUCUCGUGGAAAUAGAAAUAACUCCAACUUUGACUGAUUAUGUGCUUGUAGCUUUCCACAGUUUACUGGUUUGAACUUACAGUUGGUAAGGGUUUGGUUUGGGCUUUCACCCCUGCAGUUUCUUCUUCAUUUUUGGGGCAAUAAUUAUGUGUCAUUUUGAAGUUGACUUUAUGUAGAUGGAGGAGGAAACAUGAGAAGGAGAGUGGUCAGAUUAAUUGUCAUUUUGGGUUUCGUGAUUUUUUAGUAACGAGCACGGUAGUACUAAUAUGUUAUAUGACAUGUAUGAACUAUCAUGUAGCAAUGAAUAAAGAAACACUGAGAAGAAUUCAUCAGCUUUGUAGAUCUUGAUGAACUAGCGGAACACUACUUCAGAGGCAACCCAAAAGCUAUGAUCCACUAGUAUGGUCUGUUUUCUUUUCUUAUUCCUCCUACUUGGAACAAAUUUUUUAGUCGACAUUUAUUGAUGAACAAUUGGGCAGUUCAAAGCAACUGAAACAUGUAUUCAUUUGAUCGGUUUGAUACUAUGGCAUUUAUAUGGUUUUACAGCUGAUUUCGUUUAACUGACUUAAAUUGAUUUUGGAGCAGUACCUG